GCACAAAGUGGAAAAUUUUGGAAGCGCAAAAAGUUGUGUGGAAAAAUUUCAUUCCCGCAAGUUUUAGCCUCCACAGAUUUUGCUGCCCUUAGUUGCCAAAGUUGAACCAUAUCCUUCCUUGUCUCAUCGCAGAAAGCAUCCCCCCAUCACCAUUGCAGAACACUUUCAUCCUAAUUCCAAUCCCAAGCGAGAAAAAAAUGGCUGAUGCUGCUGUUAGUGCUACUAUUAAGGUUGCAUUGCAGGCGGUUGUUUCUCGUGCCGCUGAUCAUCGUGAAUUCCCAGAGGAGCUGGAGAGACUCAAAAAAUCGGCUAAAAUAAUCCGAGGCUUCUUGGCCGGUGCUGACGAGGCAAAAUAUAGCAAUGAUCCGAAGCUUCUUGUGGUGCAAAGUUGGCUCGAGCAGCUGGAAGAUGAGGUUUUCGAAGCUGACAAUGUGCUGGACGAGCUCAACUAUGAAAAUCUUCGUCGGAAGGUGAAGUAUCAAAAUCAAAAUCAACUCAAAAAGGUAUUCUUCUGCUUUUCAUUCUUUAAUGAAAUUGCUUUUCGUUGGAGGUCGGGUUCAAUGAUCAGGGGGGUCAACGCGAACCUUGAAAGGAUCCAUGGGCUUGCCAGAGGUUUGGGACUGGAAUGCAAGGGUCAAUCUGAAGAAGCUGCAAGCCGAAAGACCGACUCUACUAUUGUUCGAAGUGAUGUCAUUGGAAGAGACAAGAAUGAAUCAAAAAUAGUUGAGAAGUUGUUGACCGAAUCUGAAAGUGAUCGUAUUUCAGUUAUUUCCGUAACUGGCAUGGGUGGUUUAGGCAAAACAACUCUAGCUAAAGCCGUUUUCAACAAUCCACAGUUUAAUGAUAAUCAUUUUGACAAAAAAAUUUGGGUUUGUGUGGCUAAACCGGUUAACAUCUUGGAGCUCUUCAAAAUGAUUCUAGAAACGUCAACAGGAAAAAAGGCUGACGUGGAUAAUAGGCAAGUAAUAGUUCAAGGAAUUGAAGCUGAACUUGAGGAAAAAAGAUAUUUCCUUGUUCUUGACGAUUUGUGGAAUAAUAAUCAAGAUGGAUUGUUGGAUGACUUUUUCAGCACUUUGGCGGGACUCAAUGCGAAGAAAGGGAGCUGGUGUCUUGUUACCACUCGUCUGCAAGAAGUGGCAAUUGUUCUGUCUAGACAUCGGCAGAUCAAUUUUACUCGCCAUGAGCUGGGAAAGCUAUGCAAUGAUGAUUGCUGGUCCAUCAUUAAGAAAUGGGUAAAUGUAGGGGAAGAAGUACCAAAAGACAUAAAGGAGCAAGUUUUAAAAAGAUGUGACGGUCUACCUCUGGCAGCAAAGUUAAUCGGAGGUUUGUUAUUUGAAAAGACAAAAGAGGAGUGGCUAUCUAUUUUGGAGGAGAGCCUCUUGAAGGGUGGGAUCGAGCAAAUACUUAAGGUGAGUUUUGAUCAUCUGUCACCUGCACCGGUUAAGAAAUGUUUUGCAUAUUGCUCAAUUUUUCACCAAGAUACUAUAUUGGAACAAGAUCGACUAGUUGAGCUUUGGAUGGCUGAAGGCUUUCUUCAACCGGAUUCCCAAAAUGAAAGAACGAUGGAGAAAAUAGGAUGUGAGUAUUUGAGAAUUUUGCUGCAAACUUCCUUAUUGGAAGAAGUAAAAGAAAAUAGGUAUAAAAUGCAUGACCUUGUGCACGAUUUUGCAAAAUCAAUUUUGAAUCGUAGCAGCAGCAAUGAGGACCGCUACCUUGCAGUAUACUCAUCCGAAAGAAUGGUGGAAAUCAUCAAUGAAAAAAAAUCAGCAUCACUUCGCACAUUAUUUCUGGAGGGUGGCAUAGCUGAUGAUAUGUUAUCAAAGUUCAAAUACUUGCAUGUCCUAAAAUUGUUCGGAGCAGAUGCCAAAGAGUUGCCGACCUCCAUUGGCAAACUAAUCCAUUUACACUUACUUGACAUUUCAAAGUCUAGUAUCAGAACUUUGCCAGAAUCUCUUUGCAAACUUUAUAGUUUGCAAACGCUGAGAAUUGGCAAGCUUGAAGAAGGUUUUCCAAAGGAGAUGAGCAAUUUGAUUAGCAUGAGACAUCUUCACUAUGAUCAUGCUCGUACAAGACGCGAAAUCCAAAUGCCAUCCGGGAUUGGACGAUGGACUUGUCUUCAAACAUUAGAGUUCUUUAAUAUAGGUCGUCAAGAGGAAGGUCGUGGUAUCCAAGAGCUUGGAACCUUGGAAGAUCUUAAAGGCUCCUUGGAGAUCAGAAAUCUUGAAUUAGUAAAUGGCAAAGAUGAUGCUGAACUAGCGAAGCUAUCUGAAAAGCCAAAUAUGUAUCGGCUAGUAUUUGAGUGGGGCAGUGGGGAUCGAGAAAGUGAUAAAUGUGAUGAAGAUGUGUUGGAAGGCCUCCAACCUCACCCAAAUUUAAAAGAGUUACAAAUUUUGAAGUUCAUGGGUGAUCAGUUCCCACAAUGGUUCAUGAAUUUGUCAUCCCUCCAACAUCUAUAUCUGACUGGAUUGGAAAACAUAAGAAGCAUUGGGCUUUCAUUCUACAGUAUGAGUGCUGAGGAGGACGGCGGAUCGGGAGGUUCAAGCACUUUUAGCAGACAAACAUUCUUUCCAGCCCUUAAAUUUCUCUCUCUUGAAAGCAUGAAAAAUUUGGAAGAGUGGAAGGACGCGCACGAAAUGAGGUCAACCGCAGGUGAAGUACAUGUGAUGGAUGUGUUUCCCGUGCUUGAAAAGUUGUCUAUUAGUGAUUGCCCCAAGCUGACCACCAUUCCAACUCCAAGUCGCUUCCCAAGUCUUGAUGUAUUGCAAAUAACAAGGAAUUGCCAUGUUUUGCUGGCAGAAAAGGUUUUGAGCAAUAUAACCAAUCUCUCGUCCCUUGAAUUUGGUAGUCAACGCAUCCAGUAUCUAAAAUUAGUGAAACGACCAAAGAGCAGCUUGAGAAUUGAUGGCUGUGACAGUUUACCCACUGACAUGCUUGAGCGACUCUGUCUUUUUCCAACUCUUCAGCGUGUAGUAUUGUUGGAAGCCGCUAAUAUGACAACAUUAAGAGGAAUGAGUUGCGCCGCUUGUCUUAAGACAUUGGCAGUCUUUUCUUGUGAGAAUUUACGGGAGUUGCCAGAAGAUCUCUAUCAAUUUCAGGCUUUAGAGCACUUGGAGAUAUACCGUUGCCGGAGAAUUAAUUCAUUUGGACAUCCAAAUCCUAAAAAUUCAUUUGGACAGAAAGGCCUCCUCAAGUCUCUUGAGGAAUUUACUGUCGGUGAGUGCGAUGCAUUAACAAGAUUACCAGUGGAGAUGUUCGAGUCGUGUACGUCUCUCCGAGAGCUGAAUUUGCUUAAUUGCCGCAGUCUGGUCUCCUUUCCCCUUGAUUUGCGACGAACCCCUUCUCUCGAGAGCUUCAAAUUAUUCGACUGUCCCAACUUAAGGAUUGCUGAGAUGCCUAGUGGAUUUGGCUACCUUACCAGCUUAAGGAGAGUGGAGAUUGGUCCCUUCUCAGAUGACUCUAUAAUCGAAUUUGAUUGGGCUGGAUUGGCAUCUUCAUCAUCACUCCGACACGUGUCUUUGAAUGGAAUGCCUGACACGAAAUCUCUGCCACAUCAGCUUCAAGACUUGACUACCAUCACAUCACUGUCUCUAUUUGACUUCGGAGCAAUCGAAGCCUUACCAGAUUGGCUUGGGAACCUUGCGUCUCUUGAUGAGCUAAUUCUGUGGGAUUUCCCAAAGCUUGAAUAUUUACCCUCCGUAGAUGCCAUGGAACGCCUCAAAUUAAGACGUCUGGCAAUUCGUGGUUGUCCUCUCUUACAACGAAGAUGCACUCCUGAAAGCGGCUCCGAGUGGCCGAAGAUCUCUAAUAUUCCGGAGCGUAAAAUUGAUCCGUCUCAGUGAAGCAGCAAGCAGUGAUAGCGCCGAAACAUUGUGAAAGGCUCGAAAGUGUGCUCAAGGCAGAGUCAGCCUGGAACCUCUAAAGCAUCUUAUUGCACUUUUCACAUUCUCCAACUGCAACAUCAGGCUGUGGUUUUCAAUCAUUUUUGAAGAAACAUGAGGAGGUAUGUGGUUUGGAAAUCUCUCCACCCAACUUACUAGAAGUACAAGGGAAUUGAUCCAAGUUUGUUUAAGUCAUGUAAUUGGGCCUAAAUGUAGGGUGGUAUCUGCACUAGUAAGUGUUCUUUGUGGCUUAAUCGAUGGAAUUUAGCUUAAUUUCUGCUCUUUAGGAUUUUGAGUGCUAAAUUGUUGCAUUAGUCACCAGACCAAACCUUUCUGUGGCUCAUGUUUCUACACAAUGCCAUAACUGAAACAGAACUGUGAUGUAAUA